AUGGCGUUGUCAUUCACCGCAGGUCACCUGACGCUUGCCGCAUGGGGCUUCUCAGCCGGCGACAUUGCUGUCCUCGCUGGCGCUGGACGUGCAGUCGGAAACUGGGUUAUGAACCAUCUCAAAGACCAAGCACUUCUGCAGUUCCUCAAAGUCGACCCAGAAGACCUGAUCCCGCGGAAAGGCCUCAUUGAUCCGGCCGCUCUCCACCAGAGAUGGGAUGUGCAGCUGACGCUGCUCCAGAAUGGUAACAGCAGGGUGAUUGGCGGGAAGGGAGGAGCAGUGGUCGAAAGCAUGGGCAUCUUCAGCUGGUUGAUGACCAUUGUCGUCAGUGGUUUGGAUGCUUCGUUGCAAGUUGGCGACAUGAGGAAGGUUAUGUCGAGCUUUUUGACAGCGCUGUUUGAGGAGCAAGUUGACGGGCUUGACUAUCUGCAGCGAGAGCUACCGCAGCACAUUCAGGGUUGGGUAUCGGCAGCUGUGGUUCGCAACAUAACGCGAAGAGCAAGGCAGGAAUGGGCGACGCUUCUCGAGCGGAAGCUUCGAUUACCAGGCAUGAUGCCAUCAGAAGAGAAGGACGAGGUGGUGCGCUUUCUCAUCUGGCUUGUGGGAGCUCGCAAGCAGAAGGAGAAUAGGAGGUUCGAAACAGCAUCCAGUGACGUAUUCUGCUUGGCGUUCGUCCUCGAAAGCCUCGGACUAGAUCUUCUUAGAGGCGUUGCGAUCGAGAAAGAGGAGUUAGAGAGUUGUGAAAGCAGCCUUCUAGUGGUGUUCAAUCCGGCGGCCCUAGGUGUCGGACACGCCCAGAACAAGCUAUUGGCUGCUUCGGGAAAUAUGCUCUACGCGAAAAGCCGCAAUUGCAUGCGCAUUCCUCUGGAUUUCAAGGAAGAAUGCGUCUCUCUUUGGCCCGGCACAAUAUUGGAAAAUAACGACCGACGACAGAUCUUCAAGGACGGUGACAGGGCCUGCAAAAGUCUUGAGAUCUUUCCCGUAUUUCCCGGAGAUGAGCGUCACGACUUCGGAUACGGGUUCGUCGACCCCACAUCGGCUAAGGUCGGACGUGUGGAUCCCGCCAUCUACCGAGUUGCCUCAAGUCUGUUCCCAGUCGUCAACCCGUCACUAGUGAAUGCCGUGUCCCACAUCAUGGCACAAUUUCCCGAAUGGAAGAUCGUAGAGGACCAGAGCAUCUUCCAAUACCUUCAUUCCAAUCCUGCUUGCCUGAGCAAGAUACAAGUCCUUUUUCUGGGCUACUAUUAUGCCCUGCUGGACAAAGUCAUAGACAACUCGCGGUUAACAACCAGGGAAGGCUACGGUACUUGGCGGUGGUUCGACUUACAUAUGUUAUACGAGCUGCAGGACGUCCUCGCUGAUAACGUCCGCGAGAUAGCCAAACAAAAAGACAGCCAUGGAAACACGAUGCGAUACAUCAAACGGGAGGGAAUCAUGAAGUUCCUCGCCGUGCUUCUAGCCGGAGCGGAAGAGAACCAGACCAGCGCGAUAAACGAAAGCACCAUCGGCAUUCACGGCAAGAUCUCCAUUGUCUCGUCCAGUCUCCUAGCUGCCGGGGACACAGUCGAUCUGGCCAUGAAGUUCUGCCUCCUCGACACUGAUUCAUCGGCCAUUCCCAGCAAUGCCAGGGGCCUAGUCCUCAGCGGAGAAGGUACUUUCCUAGUACGCUUCGCUGCACAACCAAGCGACGAUAAUUUAAAAAACGUCAGCGAGGUAAACCAGCAAGAGCUCGACCAAGACUUCACGUCCCACAUCGAGCCCGACUGGGACAACGACGUGCAGGCAUGCCAAGUCGUCUUCCGCUACAAAGGCCGCGUCGUCCGACGACUUUCUCCACUGUCGAUAGAGCGAGCAUUGGUCAGCCCUGCGAAAGUCAUUGAAGGAAACCCUAAAGCUGGCACUGUUCUGGAUAAAGUAUUGGUAGGGAGUGUUGAGGGCUGUUUCUCCACGUUCCCAGCCCGGAACCUCGAUAGCCCGGACCACCACCUGCAUUCGCCUCCGGUCUUACUCCCAUUCAAGGGCCGCAUCAAAGCGCGCGCUUGCAUGCGGACUGUGUAUCAUAUCAGUCAUUUUCGCUGCAUAAAACUACUCGAGCUUUGCGCAUCUCCUCACUGGGCUGAGAUAACGAAAGGUUCAAGCGAUCAAGGGGAGAUGGUCGUCUUGUACCGCGAAGGAAAUAAGCCGCCGGAGGAGGAGGCCUGGGAGACUGCUAGAUGGGUAAUCAUAAUGUGA